AUAUUAUAGAUACCUGUAUAUCAAUAUAGUGGAUGGGGGGACAUCAGUGCCGUACCCAGGAUUUGUUUUCGUGGGGCUUAAACAUUCAUACUUAACUUUAAAGGAAAAUAAGAAAUAAUUCAAAAAAAUAUAUAUACACAUACUAUUUUAAAUAAAAGAUUUCGGAAUGGGCUUAAGCCCAAAAGCCUCCCCCCCUGGAUACGGCACUGGUGACUAUGGUCUAUGACUCACGGAUUUAUUAAAUUUAAAUAUUUAUAAGUUAUAAUCUCUUCAAAUUCUAAGUCAAAAACUGAAAUUACGCCUAUAGUUACAGGAUAUUCCUUGGAUGUUAUAAAAAUCUAUAAAUAAUUAAAAACAUGGGUCUAUGGGUCUGUUUAUAUUACUUACGAAUUAUUUUGUAAUUUUAGUUGGUAGCUCUAAUACUUCUAAUAAGAAUAAGUAAUAAUAUUCUGCAUUCAUUUAUUAUUUGUAAUUACUAGUUAUCUAAGUGCCCUAACAGCGUAUCUAAAUUAUAAAUUGUAUUAGAUAGGUAGGUACCGAAACUAACGAGGAUAGUUGCUAUAGUUUCAUAUUUGUUAGAUCUAUAAUUUUUCACUUACUACAGUUAAAUCCAUAACUUUUUAUAGGUAGUUAAAAAUAGGUAAGUGUUAUUCUGUACAUCUAUAUUAUAAAGUAAUUUCCAUAGACCACAGUAUCAUCAUGUCUACAACAUAUACAUUUUAUCAUCUUUCUAACAAAGAACCAGUUGGACUGUGUAAUAAGAUUGUUCAAGGAUAUCUUCUGAAAUGGUCAAUGAAGGAAUGUUUACGCAUUAAUUAUUAUGCGUUCAAUCAAGAGUUUAAAUCGGACGACAUUAGCCAGUUUGCAUUGGAUUUUUUUCGAGAUAACAAUGUGGCAAAAAACUUGCAGUCAAGUUUCAACCAAUUUUCAGGAAGCAAUGUAACUAGAGUUCAGACCGAGUCCAUUCCUUGCACUGUUACUUCGAUGGCAUUCUUCGACAAGCUCUUGGACCCGAACAAAGGCAUCGUCUGCUGCAACGGCACUGGUGACGACGGUAAUCAUACAAUACAUCAGUGUAUGGAAGUAUUCAAAAACGACAUAUACAUUUCAAAUAAACUAAAAAUGAUGCUGUUUGAAGAUGAAUGCGACGAAUAUUUUUUGUACAGCGAAGAUGAACGCGCAGAAUUCAUGUUUCGGCUGUUGCAGCAUUUCUCUAUCGGUGGCCGAUGGUGUCAAGACGACGUAGUUAUUGAACCGUACUUGGACGCAAUAAAAUAUGUUUACAAAGAUUUACUGGCUGUCGAAAAAAUUCCCGGGUCUGGAAUACAAGUCUCGUCCAAGAUGUACCAAGUUGUCGCUUUCGAUUCUAAUGACACAGUUUUAUUUCCAAAAGAAAGCAAAAAUUCUAUACCGUAUAGUUUCGCAUAUUUAGUUGUAAAUCCUAAAUCUCGGACUGUCGCAUUAUUUUUUCAUAAUGUCGGCGACACAAUUUAUACUUGAUAAAAUAUUCUUUACUUAUUUGUUUUUAUUAUUGUUAAUUCAGUUUUGUUUUAUUUUAAAAUUUCACGUUAUGUGUG